UUUCAGAUGAUAUUAUUGACUCUGUGAAGACUCAACAAGUCAACAACCCUUCAAAAUGCCUUUUGAAAUGCUGCCUGUCUACUUCUUGACGGCCAGCUCCACUACCGCCCUUGACUUACAUGCACGGUGCCUUAUCCCGGGCCAGCCUAGCUCUUGUCCACAUCGACCUGGCGCGAUGAUCGCCCCUCUACAUUGGCGUCAAACUACUCAUCUAUCCGAAUUUCGCUGGGUAGUUCUCUAUCCCGUGUUUGAUCAGUCUUGGAUAAUCAGUCCGUCCAUGAACGAUAAGGACGGCUCGUUCCGGCUUUCUGCUGCAAUGAACUCUAUUGAAUGUUCUUACCGUAAACUGUGCCGUUAUUGCGUGGGUACAUAUUUCUCUCUUAGCCUCAUUCUUGGCCCACUACCAGGCCACUAUACUCCACUCUAGACCACGGGAAAUCAGCUGGCUUUUGUCACAAUAUGUCCGUUUGCGCUUAGCACGUCGAGUCACUCUCACGAUGCUGAUAAUUCCGUCCUUGAGCUUCUUCACACCCGGUGAUUUGCUCAUUACCUGUUACCAUGUCCGAGCAACCGACAAUGGUUAAUCCGGUUCCAUCCACUUUCUUAUCCCUUCUACUGAUUCAUAAUGUUCAGACUGUUCAAGUCGAACUACCUGCGGAAUACUAUGCGGCCCUGGAGGAGCUGCGAGUGAGUAGAUGAUGAC